AACUAGAAAAGCUUUUCCGCAAAACCGAGCAAUGCCAUUAGUAGCUCUGGAGAUCUUCUUGCUCGGAACAUGCGGGACCCACCAAGAUAAGAAUUUCCCGCUCAUCUCCCCCCCCGCACCCCUGUUUACUGGGUCGCGAGCAGAACAAAGAAAGCUCGUGCUCGUCCAUGCUUCAUCGUUCGCAGCGCCUUCUCUUCCUCCCCAUGCACGUACCCGAGCAUGAAGACGUCGGCGUCCAUCCCAAGCGCUUGUCUCGACGUCUCGUCCACCUCGUCGCGCCACUCUCUUUUGGGGCAACCCCAGACACAGCCUCCUCUGAAGAUCCCCAGAAUCCGUCCACAACCCGAAAAUCGGCCUCCUCCUUUCAAAGAAGCCUGCGCGCGGGGCUGCCUCAAGGGAGCCUUCAAGUCCCUGAACAGCCUCAUAGCUCACCCAAGUGCAAAUGAAGUCAGCCCAGCUGAGGCCUUCUCGCAAGUUCUCGAGCUUUGUGCCGCGAAGGAGGCUGAGGCUCUUGCGGAGGGGCAACAGGUCCAUGCCCAUUUGGUCAAGUCCGGCUAUUUCGGCUAUCCGGUGUUUUUGAGUACUAAGCUCGUGUUUAUGUAUGGGAGGUGCGGCUCGUGCCGGAGUGCGGAGAAGUUGUUCGAUAGAAUGCGUGAACGAACGGUAUAUACCUGGAAUGCCAUGAUUGGAGCUUAUCUGGCUGAUGAGGAUCCUGCGGCUUCUCUUGAACUGUACAGAGAUAUGCGGGUUUCGGGUCUGCCUCUUGAUUGCUGCACUUUUCCUUCUGUUCUGAAAGCUUGCGCGGUGCUUAGAGAUCGUCGCUCUGGCGCCGAAAUUCACGGCUUUGCUAUUAAAUGCGGGUUUGCUUCUGUUUUAUUUGUUGUGAAUUCGCUGGUCGCAAUGUAUGCGAAGUGCGAUGAUCUUGAUGGGGCAAGGCAACUAUUCGACAGCACUGAUGUUAAAGAGGAUCUUGCUCUGUGGAAUUCUAUAAUCAGCGGAUAUUCAGCCAGUGGUAGGUCCCUUGAGGCAUUGUUUCUUUUAAGAGAGCUGAAAGGUCAUGGUCUUGUGAUGAAUACAUACACCAUGGUUGCAGCUUUGCAAGCCUGCCAAAAUCUGGACUACCAAACGCUUGGCAUGGAGAUCCAUGCUACCAUCUUAAAAUCUGGUAAUGAGAUCGAUGUACAUGUAGGCAAUGCCUUGAUUGCUAUGUAUGCAAGAUGUGGUGAAAUGAAUGGAGGUGCUCGUGUAUUCUUUAAUUUAGUGGACAGAGAUUCUGUAUCUUGGAAUUCAAUGCUUUCUGGUUUUGUGCAGAAUGGUCUGCACAGCGAGGCAUUGCAGUUAUUCCGUGAUAUGCAGGAUUUUAAUCAAGAACCGGACACUGUUUCUAUCAUGGGGAUUCUUACGGCAUCUGGUCGACUGGCAAAUUUGUUACAUGGAAGGGCAGGACAUGGUUAUGUCAUACGGAGGGGUCUAGAUUCCAAUCUGCAGGUUGGGAAUACACUUAUGGACAUGUAUGCAAAGUGCUGUAGGGUACGGCUCAUGGGCAAGGUUUUUUGUAGUAUGCCUGUGAAGGACAUAAUCUCUUGGACAACAAUUAUUGCAGGCUACUCCCAGAAUGAUUGUCAUAUGGACGCUCUGAAGUGUUUCAGAGAAGUCCAGAUGGAAGGGAUGGAUGUCGACAAAAUGAUGAUAGGAAGCAUUCUUCUUGCUUGUGGUGGGUCGAAAUCUCUUCGCCAUGUGAAAGAAAUUCAUAGUUUCAUGCUAAGAAGAGGUCUAUCUGAUCUUGUUCUGCAGAAUAGAAUUGUUAAUGCAUAUGGAGCAUGUAACCACACAGAUUAUGCAUCUCAAGCUUUUGAGCUCAUUGAAAACAAGGAUAUUAUAUCUUGGACAAGCCUAAUCUCUUGCUAUGUCCAUAAUGGGCUAGCUCAGGAAGCUCUUCAAGUUUUUCUUGAAAUGAAAGAAGCUGGAAUUGAAGCUGAUUAUGUUACACUUGUGAGUGUACUCUCAGCAGCUGCUGAUUUAUCCCUCUUGCAGAAAGGAAAGGAAAUUCACGGAUCAAUUAUUAGGAGGGGCUUCAUCUUGGAAGGGUCUGUUUCAACCUCUCUAGUAGAUAUGUAUGCUCGCUGUGGGGACCUAAGAAAUGCAUGCAAGGUGUUUUCGUCUAUUGACAGAAAAGAUUUAAGCCUGUGGACCACAAUGAUAUAUGCAAACGGAAUGCAUGGGCGUGGAAUGGUGGCCAUUGAGUUAUUCAAAAGGAUGAUUGACACUAACCUUGUUCCUGAUCAUAUCACGUUUUUGGCCAUUCUUUAUUCAUGUAGUCAUUCUGGGUUGAUUAAUGAAGGGAAAACAUUUUUUACAUCUAUGCAACAUGAUUAUGAGUUGGAGCCAUGGUCCGAGCACUAUGCUUGUUUGGUCGACCUUCUUGGCCGUGCAAACAGCUUAGAUGAAGCUUAUGAAUUUAUCAACAGCAUGCCGAUUGAACCGACUGCUGAGGUUUGGUGUUCUCUACUUGGGGCUUGUCAAGUUCACUCAGAUAAAAGACUGGGAGAGAUUGCUGUGCAUAAGCUUCUAGAAUUAAAUCCAGACAAACCUGGAAAUUAUGUUCUGAUGUCCAAUAUCCUUGCUGCAAAUGGUAGAUGGAAAGAUGUUAAAGAAAUGAGAAUGUGAAUGAGAAUGAAGGGAAUUGGAUUGAAGAAAACUCCAGGCUGCAGCUGGAUUGAGCUUGGGAACAAGAUCCAUUCAUUUGUAGCUGGGGACAAGUCUCAUCCACAGUCGGAUAAGAUUUAUUGGAAGCUAGCUGAAGUUACUGAUAAAUUAGCUCAAGAAGGUGCUUAUGUGGCUCAAACCAGGUUUGUCUUGCAUGAUGUGGGAGAGGAAGAGAAACUUCAGAUGCUUUAUGGGCAUAGUGAAAGGCUUGCCAUUGCUUACAGUCUUCUAGAGAGUUCUGGAGAAACCCCUAUCAGAGUCACUAAAAAUCUUCGGGUUUGUGGUGAUUGUCAUACUUUCUGCAAGCUUGUUUCAAAAUGCUUUGGACGAGAACUCAUUGUGAGGGAUGCUAGUAGAUAUCACCAUUUUAAUCAUGGGGUCUGCUCUUGUGGAGACUUUUGGUAAUACUGUGCAGAAACACAUCUUGAUUGCUUCUGAUAAUACCGAUUCACAGAAUACAUCUCUAGCCCCGUUUCAUGAGCAGGAGAAAUUCUCUGAUGGAAGCUCACCUCGGAAGAGUUUGAGCUCCAAGUGCUGAAGAAAUCUCUUAUUGCCUCCCAACCGUGCAUUGUGGAAGUCAAUGUUGAGGUCACUAUCUCUGCAUUUCAGCAGGAUUUGAGAGGAUCAGGGCAUGAGGAUGAAGGAGCUGUUCAAAGUUUAAGCGCUGAGUUCUUUUUCGGGCGAAUGAAGCUUGGAUGUAAAUAUUGCUGAUCUGAGCUCCCAAAGAAACGGCAUCAUAAGGAUUGAUAAGUCCAGAAUGUACUGAUAUCGGGUAAGCCGGCGAAUGGCCAUAUUACUUUGUUAUGGCAGAAUAAGUACUUAAGAUGGCCUAGAUAUUCAGGAUACAGAAUGUGGUUGCAUUGGUAAAAAGUUGUAAAAUAAUACCUGUGCCUACGGAAGCAAACCAAAACAUGCCAUUUUGCAAUGGAUCACGAGCUACUCUAGGUGAACUUUGCAAUAAUCUGUAUAUUGUAGUUUCAGGGCCGAAGCAGUUUUCACAUUCAUAGGCCAUUUGCAUCUAAGUUGGAUCGUUCAGUUGCAACUUUCUGGCAAAAUAUUAAAUAAAAAUAGGUAUAAGUGUAUUAGA